GUGCUGACACGACAGAGCUUUGUCUCGUGUUUGCAAAACCCCCGAUCCAAGCGGGGUCUAUAAAGAGGCCUGGUACUGCCCAGUAUCUGGCCUGGGCUGAACUUCACACAGUGACAAUGGGCAAGGUUAUCUUCUACGAAGACAGGAGCUUCCAGGGCCGUCACUACGAGUGCAGCAGUGACUGCCCGGAGAUGCAGAACCACUUCAGCCGCUGCAACUCGAUAAAAGUUGAGGGUGGCUGCUGGGUGGCCUACGAGAAGCCCAACUACACCGGCUACCAGUACAUGCUGCACAAGGGCGAGUACCCCGACUACCAGCGCUGGGCGGGCUUCAACGACUGCAUCCGCUCCUGCCGUAUGGUGCCACCUUACAACGGAAACUACCGGAUGAAGAUCUUCGAGCGCUCCGACUUCGGCGGCCAGAACAUGGAGCUCAUGGACGACUGCCCCGACCUGCACGAGCGCUUCCACACCCGGGACAUCUCCUCCGCCAACGUCAUGGAGGGCUACUGGAUGCUGCACGAACACAGCAACUACAGGGGGCGCCAGUACUUCCUGCGCCCCGGCGAGUACAGGAGGCACAGCGAGUGGGGGAGCAACAGCCCCACCAUCGGCUCUCUGAAGCGCGUCACCGAGAUCAACUGAUCCGGUUGCCUGUCGCCCUCACUGUCGAGCCCCCCCGCCCCCCCCCGACCCUCACGUUCCCCAGCAGUGUUUCAGUGUGGUCAUAGCACUGUGGUGUCCAAACAUGAAGUUUUAAAUUCACCUGUGGGGGGGCUUCUGGUGCGUCUGAUGUUGGGUUCUGGUUUUUUGUUGGCCGGCUCUGCAUUCCUCCCCAACGCAAAGUGGUUUGCCUCGCAGGUCCCCAACCUCCUGUCCUACUGGAAACCCAAUAAAUGAAAACUUGAUGAAAGUCA